AUGUUGUUCCCGCACCCAAAAGCACGGAAGACGCCGCCGGAUUUGAGGCCCGAGUUUUCGACCCUUAUGGACCUCGUCACGGCGGCGGACGCGGAAGGGAAGGACGCCGGCGAUGCCUUGGAGCGUCGUCGUCGAGAGCGGGACGCCGCGAUUGGCCGGGCGCUCGACGGCAUCUCAUUUCCACGCGCGACGUCGGUGCGCCAGCAUGCAGCCGAGUACGGGACGCCGGGCUCGACGGAUAUCCGCCUUUCAGCUGCCCUCGUCGUCUGGUCCCCCUGGUCGCUGGUCUCCUGGUCCCCUGGUCCCCUGGUCCCCUGGUCGCUGGUCCCCUGGUCCCCCUGGUCGCUGGUCCUCAAGUUCAAGGUCUCCCAGAAUAGGAUUGCCAGCGUGUAG